GUGUUGUUAUGGCGCGCUGCAUGUUGGGAAAAUACUCGCAUCCAAUAUGGCGACCUCCACGGAGCGAGAUGGAAAAGCACUCUGUAGCUCGGCUGUGGAUCUAUUACUGGACCCCGAGCUGUUGUCCCACGACUUCCUACAGCUGAUCCUACGGGAGAAACAUGUGAGCACCACAGAGUGUGAAAGUCGGGACCGGCUCACGGAGCUCUACCUGCGGCACGUCAUCCCGCUGCCGCAGAGGACGCUACCGGACAGCCGCUGGGGAAAGCGGAUGGAGGCGAUCCGAGGGAAGCGCGCCGCGGCCGGUCACACGUCCCUCAGUUCCAGGAACGACCACAAUAGGAAAAGGCCUCAGGUUGUGUUUGAUGGCAGUUCCUCACACUCUGGCCCACUAAAAGUAAAAAAAACGGAAGGAACCGGCUUGUCGGUGGGAACCACUGACAGGUUAAAACCUCCUCCUGCUGCGAACACGUCUAGCCCCAUCUGCAAGCUGUCUGGAAACACGCCGUCCUCGUCCAUUCAUUGCAGCGCUGACACAGCAAACCUCCAACAGGAAGCAAACCCCUCGGGUGCAAUGACGUCUCCAGAGGUGAAGAAGAAGAUCCAGCAUGUGACGUGGCCCUGACCUCCAACCUCUACACACACACAGACCCGAUUGCAGCACAGACCCUGAAGGACAGACUUCCCUUCACACUGAACGUUGUAGCUCAGUAUCUGUGCUCUCCCCGUCACCGUUAUCCAACGAAUGAUAUCCCAAGAGGGAUGAAACCCCUUGAACCUGCGUGUCCACCUCACCGCUCUCUUUCUGCCACAAGCUGAUCGGAUGGUUCCCCCGAGGUUUUUGCUUUUCAAGUAACAAGCUUCCUUGUAGAUUUCCAUAACCUCAAGUGCCCUUACCAUCAUUGAUCAGCAACUCUCCUCGUGUCCCACACAAAGACCUCCUCGAGGACAAGUAACCCGACUUUUCUUUUCCUAAAUGGAAACAGUGGAUGUUGAAAUGUUUCUGUUGUGUUCAUUGGCCCCCAAGCCCUGAUUUGCAAAGGCCAAUGGGAACUUCCUGUCUAGUUUUUGUUUGAAGUGUGGUAAGUGGUUGUACCGUGACAGGAAUAGAUGGACAAACAUUAACACAAAUGCUAUAGACGCUCAUAGGAAGGAAAAAUAGUUUGUGUUUGAAGUGGUGGUGGUAGUCUUUUUAUUUCUUUUCUUCUGAACUGAACUCCUUUCUGCUGAUGUUUGGACGUAGCCGUUUAGGGUUUUUAAAAAUGAGUCUAUCUUUGUGUUGUGCUUCAUUUUUUUUCAAGCUGUAUACCAAUACACUGUUAAAUAGGCAUUUUGACACAGGAAGAAAGCUACUUUUAUUAGGUACUGGUACUUGAACACUGAUAAUAAUUCAUACAAACGAGGAAUUCUGAAUUGUGUAUAGAUUGACAUUGUUGUUGUUUCUUUCUUUGAAACCAACGAGGACGGACUUCAUCAAAAAGAUUUACAACGCAUUUUCGAUCCAUUGGGAAAUCUUGUGUCAUGUUUGUACAGAUGCUUUUUAAAAUAAAUAUCUCACUACAAUAUCUUACUUUUGUUAAAUUUUACAAACAGAUGUAUGGUCUAUGUGUGAUAUGCUGUAAGGAUGUUUAAACAGAAUUUGUAGAAAGAAGUAAUAAAUCUAAAUACUUCUUAA